AGAGAAUCGGUAAAAUUUUAUUUCCCUGCUGUUUCAAACGUAAAAAAUCGUUCUAAGAUGCUGAGACUAUUAAAGUUAUCGAAGAAUUCGCUUUUGAGAGGCGCAGCUUUACAGCAGCAUGUUACGUAUCGUACCUUCAGAUCAUCGAUAAGUGCUGCGUCGAGUACGUUACAUUCGAGAAAAGAGUUGGCGCAGGAUGAACUGGCUAAAUUCAAGAAGGGCGAAGUUCUUCACGGGUUUAUAGUGGAUGAAGUCUCAAGCAUAGAUGAGUUGUUUCUUACUGCAGUGAGGCUGACGCAUUUGAGUACAGGUGCGCAGUAUCUUCAUUUGGCCAGGGAUGACACCAAUAAUGUCUUUUCCAUUGGAUUUCGUACGACUCCCAUGGAUUCUACGGGAUUGCCUCAUAUAUUGGAGCACACCACUCUGUGCGGCAGCGAGCGAUAUCCCUGUAGAGAUCCAUUCUUCAAGAUGCUAAGAAGAUCCCUAGCCACUUUCAUGAACGCUAUGACUGGGCCGGAUUAUACCAUAUAUCCAUUCUCGACGCAGAACUUGAAGGACUACCGCAAUCUACAGUCAGUCUACUUAGACUCGGUUUUCAAACCGAAUCUGCGAGAAUUAGACUUCCGACAGGAAGGAUGGAGAUUGGAGCACACGGACGUCAACGACAAGAACUCUCCCAUCAUAUUCAAGGGGGUGGUCUUCAACGAGAUGAAGGGUGUCUUCAACGACAAUCAAGCUAUUAUGGCAGAACACUUGUUGAAUUCUAUUCUACCAAGCCACACAUAUUCUGUAAUUUCUGGCGGCGACCCCCUUGUUAUACCUAAUCUGCAAUACAUUGAUCUCCUUAACUUCCACAUGAAGUAUUAUCAUCCCUCCAAUUCGCGCUUUUAUUCCUAUGGAAAUUUCCCUCUGGAGGACCAUCUGAAAUUCGUCAACGAUCGGUACCUUUUCUUGUCUGACAGGAUGGACGUUUCCAUGUCGGAAGUACCGGUGGAAAAGCGGUGGAGCAAAGCUAAAAAGAAACAUGUUGAGUGCAAACUCGAUCCACUGCUUGCGGAUCCUAGCAGACAUGGUACCAUUGCCAUCGCGCAUUUGUGCAACGACAUAGCUGACACACAGAUCACUUUCGAGAUGUACGUGUUGUCGCAGCUGUUGCUGAAAGGUCCGAAUUCAGCAUUUUACAAAUCUCUAAUCGAGUCGAAUAUAAGUACUGGCUUCGGACCGUUCACGGGUUUUGAUUCGCAGUGCAGAGAUACGAUGUUCGUCGUGAGUCUGCAGGGUGUGAAGCCGGAAGAUUUCGAGAAAGUCGAGAGUAUCUUCAACGAGACCGUGCAGAAAGUUAUCGAGGAAGGAUUCGAGAAGGAUCACAUCGAAGCUGUCUUGCACGGCAUCGAGCUCCAGGUGAAGCAUCAAACGUCGAACUUUGGGUUGAAUUUGCUCUUCAAUCUUACAUCAUUGUGGAAUCAUAACGGCGACUUGGUACAAUCGUUGCGAAUCAACGAUGCGAUGAAGAAACUCACAUCACGAAUGAGAGAAAACCCUAAAUACCUGCAAUGUUUAAUCAAGACUUAUCUCAGUGAUAAUAAUCAUAGAUUGACGUUGACGAUGUUGCCGAAUGAAAAUUAUGAAGAAAAUAAAAUGCUCGCCGAGCAAGAGCUGCUGAAGUCGAAGUUGGAGGAACUUUCCGUAGAGGAAAAGGAACAGAUAUAUAAAAACGGACAGAUCUUGCUCGCUGAGCAACAGAAAAAAGAGAACGUUGAAGUCUUACCGACGCUUAAGAUAGAAGACCUGAAGGCUGACGUGGAGAGAUAUGAGACCACCGACUUGGAAAUAUCCGGAGUGCCUCUUCAGCUAUCCAUACAACCCACAAACGGGAUUUCCUAUUAUCGAGGAAUACUCAACACGCAAGCGCUGCCGACCGAAUUGAAGCAGCUGAUACCGCUGUUCAACUACAUUAUUGCGAAGAUGGGCACGCAGAAUUACAAUUAUAGACAUUUCGAUCAGAUGAUGCAGCUGAAGACUGGCGGUCUGAACUUCAUGAAUCACAUCGCCGAACACAAGGAGAGCGAAUUGAAAUACGAGGAAGGGAUUCUCAUAGAGUCGUACUGCUUGGAUCGCAAUUCAAACGAUAUGUGGAAACUAUGGACGGAGCUGUUCAACAACGUUAAACUCACCGACCUUCAGAGAUUUGAGACACUCGUGAAGAUGAAUGCGGCCGACUUGAUCAACGGUAUCUCGCACGCCGGUCACAUGUAUGCGAUGAGCAGCGCAGCUAGCUUGGUCUCCCCGAUAGCCCGGGUCAAGGAGAGUCUCUCGGGAUUGCAGUACAUCUCGAGGAUGAAGAAAGUGGCGCAGAUGUGCGACUUGACUUCUCUGUUGCACAACAUGCAUGAAAUAGCUGCUCAUGUUUUGAAUAAGGAACACCUGCGGUCAGCCAUUAACUUAUCCGAGGAACACCAGGAUGACGUUCUCAAUGAUAUUCAUGUGUUCUACGAUUCGCUAAAGGGUCAUUCAGAGGAUCCGUACAUUAUUACCUGUGAAAGAAGCAUCGAUACGAAAGAAUGCGGUAAUCACCACGUUCUGCCGUACACAGUGAACUAUUGCUCCAAGGCCAUUCUGACCGUACCUUAUACGAAUCCGGAUUAUGCAGCGUUACGUGUGCUAUCCAAAUUGAUCACCUCGGUGUACCUGCAUCCAGAAAUUCGAGAGAAAGGCGGAGCUUACGGUGGAGGCGCAAAAUUAACAUCGGAAGGAAUUUUCUCCUUUUAUUCCUACAGAGAUCCGAAUUCCACUCGCACCUUCGAUUUGUUCGAUAAGGCGUAUGAUUUUCUAACAGGAUAUCCGUUAUCUCAGACCGAAGUGGAUGAAGCAAAAUUGGGAGUCUUCCAACAAAUCGACGCUCCCAUUCCUCCUUGUAAUCGAGGUAUGGCCAGAUUCGUAUACGGCGUUACGGACGAUGAUCUUCAAAAGCAAAGGGAGCAGCUAAAAGCUGUGACUAAGGAAGAGCUCUUGAAUGUGGCAGGAAAGUAUCUAAAAGCCGACCAAAAUGAUAUCAGAAUCGGCCGUUCGCUUAUUGGACCUACAAAUACGGAUAUUUCAAAUAGGCACAAAGAAAACUGGUUAGUGCUAAAUCAGGAAGAAACAGACCGAGCACGAGCCACUGAAUAACUAGAUGUCAAAGAAUUAUUUUGGUUACUUUUGUAUAAUGAAGAUAGUUUCCUUUACGUUGAAUCGCAGAUGUGUCGAUGCUAUUGUUAAGCGUUUCCUAUGACAUAUAAAUAUUAGCAAUUGAGAAA